GCCGUAUCCUAUGUCUGUUUCGUUUUAAUCCAACUUCCCUGUGCCUGGAUGACGCCAUCAGCACUCGGCUUGUCCUGUUCGCAAUCGCUUCUCUUUUCAGACACGGAAAUGUGAUGACAUAGACCAACGCGUGUGUAAACUGGCUAUUCGGGUUGCUGAAACUUCAUGAUUAGAAGCUCGUGCUACACCUCGUAGAAGUUGUCGACAGAAUAAUCUCAACAGAAGAAAAACAAUGUCCGAUAAGAAGGUUUAAGGACGGUUUCUGGAAGUUAACAAAGCUCUCGCGGAUAGAAUUCCUUUUUUGUAUGGUUUACAUCUGAUGAAGAUGGUAAACUUAAAGUGUGAUGUCGGGAUGUACAUUGAACCUGUUGUCUUGUGCGCACAGGUGGCCAGUGCAUUUUACGACACCGGUCUGCAGUCGACUGUCAAAGAACGAUACGAAAAUAAUCAGAAUUUCACCAAUGUUGACAGUCAACAGAAGGCUAUUUCUAACUUCUACAUGGUUUAUACUAUGGUGGGAAAAUUCGUUCCAAUCAUACCUGCUAUUAUUUUAGCCAGAUGUGGAGACAGGGGUUACAGAAAGUUACCCAUAGUUGUUCCUUUGAUAGGUUACUUCUUCGCCAGGAUGUUUCUUAUUUUCGUAAUCAUGUUCAACUGGCCUCUUGAAGUUAUGUAUGGGGGAGCGGUGAUUCACGGCUUGUGUGGGGGUUUCUCGUCGUAUUGGGCUGGUGUGAUGGCUCUGGUCUCCUUAAACACGUCUGAGGAGGAAAGGUCUCCGCGCAUAAUGCGAAUGGAGCUGGUCUAUGGUAUAGCUGGGCUCGUCGGGAGUCUGGCGUCCGGUCACCUUUUCCAGCUGUACACAGUCAAGUUAAAAAGUGGUGUCAUUUUGGUUGGACUAAGUGUGGCGCUUUAUUUCUUCUGCCUUUUUUAUUCAACAUUCGUGCUUCGGAUUGCUCGCUCAGGUGGAACCAGCGAGCGCCGUGAAAGUGUAGGUAUACUGGAACGAAGUUAUAGAAACACCACCAACAUUGCGCUCCUGUUUGCUGGAGCGAUCUUAUAUGACAUUGCGGUCGGGGGAGGUAUGGAAAUCUUGGUGUCGUAUGUCAUGAAAGAGCCGCUUAACUGGGACGCAAAGCAGAUAGGGUACGGCAACGCUGCAGGAUUUGUGAUCUUCAUCACAAGUUUUUUGGGAGUGAAAGUGUUUUCCAGAUGCUUCAGCGACGCAUCCCUGAUUAUGAUCGGGAUGCUGUCGUUCUGUGCUGGGAUUUACUUCAUGGCCUUCGUGACCUCGACGUAUUGGUUCUAUCUGGCUCGGUGCCUCAUGUUGUUUGCGCUGAUUCCCAUGCCAACGAUACGCUCUGUACUAUCCAAGCAGGUGGAAGGGUCCUCCUAUGGUGUAAUCCUGAUCGCGCUUCAGCUUUCUUUCAAACUGGUCAGUCUGGCGUACACCCCCAUCUACACCAAAGUCUACCAGGCCACUCUCGACGUCUUCCCCGGGUUUGUCUUCACCUUGUCCAGCAUCAUCACGUUCGUGGCCAUCAUUCCGAUAUGCAUUGUUGGAUGCAGAACUGCACAUAGGGCCUAUGAAAGGAUUGAAGGAAAUUAAGACGGACUGAGACAUUUUCCUCCUGAUUCAUCAAUGUGAAUGCAUUAUUCUUGUCACUAUUGUUGCUGUCAAGUGUAGGUUAAUAGUCACCAGUAAGAGCGGUUUUGCGCUCAAUGUAAUAACACAAAUUAUUUACAUCAGGACCUUAAAGGGAGAAACGUAAUUAAUAGUGAACAGUUGACUACUUUGAAGUUGUUUGUGUAUGUGUGUAUAGUGUAAAUAUGUUUGUAUAUCUCAGUGCCUUUUUAUUUCCUGUGUUGCCAGUGACAGUGUAUGUGUUGUUGAAUAGUUUACUUUGUGUAAAAAUGUGUAUGCAAAUAUUUCUGCAAGAUGUACAACAUUUCACAGCUGUUGCAAGUGUUGUGCAUUUGUUGGGGGUGUCCGGGUGCCAUCUGACACUUGAGUUCACAUACCAUAUGUCUUACCAAAGUGACUGGACCCAGCUUUUAAUUGAAUCCUGGCUUAUGAUUAUAGGAAGAACAACCACCAUUGUCAUGUUUCCAUUUCUUGUUGUCAAUAGUGAUAUAUAAGAUAGAGAUAUACAGUGGGGAGCAUAUGUUUUUGAACCCAUGCUAAAGUUGACUAAAAAGAGGAAUAUAAAGUCAUCUUUUGACAAUUGCUCUUAAUGCCUUAAUUAAGAAAAUGAGUAGAAAUCAAACUGCUAAGUACACCAAUUUUCUUUGUGAUUUAAGUAUGUAUCGUAAAUAAAUAAAAUGUUCUUCCUGAAAUACAGGGGGCAUACGUAUUUGACCCCUAUGUUAAAUUCCCAUAGGAGCAGGAGGAUUUUUUUAUGUGUUUUUAUUUUUGAAGGCCAGCUACUCAUGGAUCCAGGAUACUAUGCAUCCUGAUAAAGUUCCCUUGGCCUUUGGAAUUAAAAUAUCCCCACAUCGUCACAUACCCGUCACCAUAGCUAGAGAUUGGCAUGGUGUUUUUUUCCAGUUAGCCUAUUAGCUUGUUUGAUGCUCUUUGAGCUCUGUAGGCCUGAUACGGAAACCAAAGUAGGUACUGACACCAAACAGAUGCUAAUAGUGGAAUAUUAUUAUAUAUUUUUUAUAAAAUGAUUGCUAAUCUGGUUCAGAUUAGAAUUCCGGGCAUCAUCAGUUUAGUCAUGUGAAGACGUAAUUCCUCUUUGUCUACCUCUUGACUGAUUUAUGCUGACUUUACUGCCUCCUUGAUAUGAUAUGCCUUAUUGACUGUUGGUACUAUUUCAGACACUGUGAUAGGGUGAUUCAGCUUGAAUAUUGUUACUGUUGAAUUUAAUGGUAGGGUAGAAGAUCCUGGAAAACGAUUCCAGCAAAGAUGCAUUUUGAAAAUACACAUGCAGGUCAAAAGUCCCAACCCCUUUCUUCAGACUUUCCCUGAAGCCACGCCUCCAGAGUACAGGAACGUGCAAUGCUUGAUCAUGAGCGGGAGGGAGGGAUUGCAGUUUGAUAGAUGCAUCCGAAUCCAAUCAUCGUUAACAGUCCGUUCAGUAUGAUUGGAUAGUGUUUUUCCUGGAUUGUUUGUUCUAGAGACCACUAAAACUUUUCAUUUUUGUGUCAAAACUUUUCAUUAAUUGGUUCCAAUGGGGGUGAAGAGGAGGAUGUCAAGCAAUAUGUUAAAAGAUGUUCCAGAGAGCAUGCUCCAAAGAUCUCCCACCCCACCUUUAAGUCAAAGUUGUACAAAACUGCUUCAAUGAAAUGCACAUUAUACAGACCGACCAGAAAUGUAUCCACCCAACUCGCAUGAUCUGAGAUCACUCAUCAUCAGACUAUACUGCCUGCCUGAUAUCUAUGAUAUGCCUUCUUGACUGUCAGAGACGGUCACUUCUUGAACUUACAUUUACAAACUGUACAGACUGAAUUAAAGCCUCAA